CUAUCUCAAUGAUUGCUACAUUUCAGAUUGACUAGGAAUGGUUUAUUGACAUACUUCUUGUUAAUAAAAAAAAAAUAACUCAGGACCUCUAUGUUGUGUAGUACUCCUUGGUUGGAAUUUGUCAGUCUUAUCAGUUUUUAUAACAAGCGUAACCUUCCUUCAACAAGUGAUUGUUAGAUUAUUUUAGAUUUAGUUUCUUGUAGUUUUCUUAUGUAGUGCUUAUUAGUAUGCUUUAUAUAUGAAAGUUACUCUUUUGUUUUUAUUUGCACCUUUUAGUUUGGUAUAGAUUGAUGAUUAAUAAUAUUAUUGUGCCUUUGGAAUAGUUUGAUGCUCAAGUGGUUGUUUUGAAACUUCCCAUCCUGGGAAUUGUGAAAAUAAAGAUGAGCUUCAAUUGGAGCCUAAUUCAAGCAUCAAAGAAAAAGAAAAGCAAAAUAUGGCCAACUCCACUAAUAAUUCUUCAGAAAAAUCUAAGCGGGGGAUUUAUCCAGAUGUUCCCUUCUCCCCAUAUUCUUCUCCAAGAGCAGUUCGACAUAGGCCUCCUCUCAAAGAAAGUCGAAGGGUUAGCAUAGACAAAACAGGUCAAUAUCUACAACUCAAUCAGUACAGACUUAUUGAUUCUAUUGGCCAGGGCUCUUAUGGUCUUGUCAAGCUAGCUUACAAUGCUGAAGAUGACACUCAUUAUGCUAUGAAAAUUUUAUCAAAGAAGAAGUUGUUUAGAAAAGCUGGAGUAUUUGGUAGGCAAAAUCCUAAUCGCAAGGAAAUUAAUCCUUUAGAAAAAGUUCAUCGAGAAAUUGCUGUUUUAAAGAAGCUUGAUCAUCCUAAUGUUGUGAAACUGAUUGAAGUGUUAGAUGACCCAAUAGAAGAUAAUCUAUAUUUAGUACACUUCCAAAAAAUAAUUCAUCGCGAUAUCAAACCAUCCAAUAUUUUACUUGGUGAAAAUGGUCAUGUGAAAAUUGCAGAUCUUGGAGUUUGUAAUGAAUUUGAUGGCAUCGAUGCUUGCUUAAAUAACUCUGCAGGAACACCAGCAUUUACAGCUCCUGAAGCAAUAUCCACUACUACCCAUUUUAGUGGCAAGGCUUAUGACAUCUGGUCCAUGGGUGUUACAUUAUUCUGCUUUGUUUUUGGAAAAUUACCAUUUGAAGCUGAUAGUUUACCAAUAUUAUAUCAAAAAAUUAGAACUGAAAACCUUGAGUUUCCUGAAACACCUUCUAUAUCUUCAGAAUUAAAACACCUCAUAAUUCAACUGCUUACCAAAGAUCCAGAGCAAAGAAUAUCUCUCAGUAAUAUAAAGAAACACCCAUGGAUGACCAAGAAUGGUACCUUUAUUCUUCCUUCAGAAAGUGAAAAUUGUCAACUAGUUGAAGUAAGUGAAGAAGAAAUCAGAGAUGGCGUAACAUCUAUUCCUAAGUUGGAUACUCUCAUACUGAUAAAAGCUAUGCUCAAAAAGCACUCUUUUCAAAACCCUUUUUCAUCCCUAGAAUCGCGCCUUCGAAGACUGCAUUGCACUGGUAGAUCACACUCAGCACCAGGAUCUUGCAACUGGUUUGAGGGAGCGUAA